UAAUCCCGUCGCCAGUCCCAGACAUCUGGAAGAGAGCGCAGCAGUACACUGCGCCAAAUGGCGGCUACAUCUUCAUGGAAUCCCGUGUUCACCCAUCCCUCCAAGAAGCAGCGCUCCCUCUCGUGGGCCCGCUCCUUCGCCUCCAAAUCCCACCUCCGCCUCGCCCCCCGCGGUGACGCCGCCGGCCGCCGCGCCGCGUCCCUCGCGGUGCUGUCGCUCCUGGGCACGAAGCCCACCGUCCUCGUCACCGAGAAGCUCGGCGAUGCGGGCCUCGACCUCCUCAGGUCCUUCGCCAACGUCGACUGCUCCUACAACCUGAGCCCGGAGGAGCUGUGCACCAAGAUCUCCCUCUGCGACGCCCUCAUCGUCCGGAGCGGCACCCGGGUCACCCGCGAGGUCUUCGAGUCGUCCGGCGGGCGGCUCAAGGUCGUGGGCCGCGCCGGCGUGGGGAUCGACAACGUGGACGUCUCGGCCGCCACGGAGCACGGGUGCCUCGUGGUCAAUGCGCCCACCGCCAACACCAUCGCCGCCGCCGAGCACGGGAUCGCCCUGCUCGCUUCCAUGGCGCGGAAGAUCGCCCAGGCGGACGCUUCCGUGAAGGCCGGAAAGUGGCAGAGAAGCAAGUAUGUUGGUGUUUCGCUGGUGGGGAAGACUCUUGCAAUUAUGGGGUUUGGGAAGGUUGGAUCGGAAGUCGCAAGGCGGGCCAAGGGGCUCGGCAUGCACGUGAUUGCCCACGAUCCAUACGCCCCUGCUGAUCGCGCGCGUGCAAUCGGAGUGGAAAUGGUGAGCUUCGACGAAGCAAUCUCGACCUCGGAUUUCAUCUCCCUGCACAUGCCUCUUACCCCUGCCACGUCCAAGAUGUUGAAUGAUGAUGCUUUUGCUAAGACGAAGAAGGGCGUCCGGAUUGUCAAUGUUGCUCGAGGCGGCGUGAUCGAUGAAGAGGCUCUUCUAAGGGCUCUAGAUUCUGGAAUUGUUGCUCAGGCUGCACUUGAUGUUUUCACGGAAGAGCCACCUCCCCGAGACUGUAAGUUAGUGCAGCACGAGAAUGUGACUGUAACGCCUCAUCUCGGCGCUAGCACAACUGAGGCCCAGGAAGGUGUGGCCAUUGAAAUUGCAGAUGCAGUUAUUGGGGCCUUGAAGGGUGAGCUUGCGGCUACUGCUGUGAAUGCACCCAUGGUGCCUGCCGAGGUUAUAUCGGAGCUCACUCCUUAUGUUGAUCUAGCAGAAAAGCUCGGAAGACUAGCCAUACAGCUCGUUGCAGGUGGAAGUGGCAUAAAAUCGGUGAAGGUGGGUUAUGCUUCAGCCAGAGGUCCAGAUGAUCUUGACACUCGGCUGCUCCGUGCUAUGGUCACCAAGGGUCUAAUUGAGCCUAUAUCCAGCGUCUUUGUAAACUUGGUCAAUGCUGACUUCACCGCCAAACAAAGAGGACUCCGGAUCACAGAAGAGAGAAUCAUGUUGGACGGAUCACCUGAGAAUCCCCUUGAAUACAUCCAGGUCCAGAUCGCCAAUGUCGAAUCAAAAUUCGCCAGCGCUAUGUCAGAGUCUGGAGAGAUCAGAGUUGAAGGGAAGGUGAAGGAUGGGAAACCACAUCUCACCAAGGUUGGGUCGUUCGGCGUAGAUGUGAGCUUGGAAGGGAGUUUGAUUCUUUGCAGGCAGAUCGAUCAGCCUGGCAUGAUUGGGAAGGUGGGUAGUUUAUUGGGUGAGGAGAAUGUGAAUGUGAAUUAUAUGAGUGUCGGGAGGACGGCUCGGGGGAAACAGGCCAUUAUGACAAUUGGUGUGGAUGAGGAACCAAGCAGGGAAGCCCUGAUGGCUAUUGGAGAUAUUCCUGCCAUCGAAGAGUUUGUUUUCUUGAAAUUGUAGGAGAGAAAAGAUCGAAAUGUUUGUCUUUGCUGCUGAAUUCUUGAAGAUAUGGUUUUUGUGUGACGGUGUGUUAUAAAUGUCAGUAAAGUUGAUUAUUAGCUAUUGCAAUUGA